AUGCUUAACCCAGAGGAGUACAACUGCGACCCCCAUCUGCUUGUGCCCGGGGCCACGGUCACCACUGGCGAGCUCGUGGCCAGCGUUGCCAGCGCGUCGCCCGACGCCCGGCGCAGCUUCGAGGUCCUCGCGAGGCUGGUGCGCAACGUGCUCGAGCAGCCCGCGGAGCCGAAGUUCUGGGAGGUCGCCAAGGCGAACAGCAGCGUCCAGAGCGCCGUGGUCGACGUGCCCUCGUGCGCCAGGCUGCUGCGCCGCUGCGGCUUCGCGGACGACGGCUGCCGCUUCCGGCUGCAGGGCAGCGGCCUGCGCUGCGGCGAGGCCUUCCGGCUGGCGGCGGCGCUCGCCGAGCAGCCGCUGGCAGCCGACCUGGCCGAGGACCUCGGCCGGGCGCUGCGCGGCGACGCGGGCGCGCAGGCGCCGCUCGGCGGCGGCCAGGGCGUGGCCGCCGCGGGCGCGGAGCCGGCCUGGCCCGCCAGGUACCUCAGCAUGGCAGAGGCCGAGGCCGCGGGGCGCCGGCUCUCCCGGCCCGGCUGGACCUGCUUCCAGGGCUGCGACGCCGAGCCCGAGCAGGACGCCCACGCGAUGCCGCUGGCCAGCCUGGAGGCCUGCAUGGAGUGCGCGGAGACGCACGCCUUCGGCGGCUUCUGCGCCUUCGAGGGCACGGCCUACUUCAGGGAGACGCCCGGGGCCGAGCUCUGGCAGGCCCUGCAGCGGUGCCCCGCGGGCUACGAGGGGGCCUGCUUCUACAUCUACCAGCCGAAGGUGCUCGCCCAGCGGGCGGAGGACGACGAGCUGGAGAGGGCCCUGCGGCUUUCCCUCGGCGACUGCUGA